AUGGGGAGUGGGAACCCCCUAGCCCUGACGGGAAUUUGUGUUUCGCUUCCCAGGAUAGUGGAAGAUUCAAAAACUCACUGGACUGGUUUGUUUUCAAAAUGGAGCAGUAAAUUGCCCGGUCUGUCGGAGGAGGAAACUGAAGAAUUCCAGACUGCUGUGAAAGCUGGGAACCUCUCGAGAGCCUUUUCUGUGGUGAAGAAGUCUGAUGAGUUGUUAACAAAUAUCAAGAUCAACAUCGCCAUCACAGGGAACACGGGCUCUGGGAAGUCCUCCUUCAUCAAUGCCAUAAGAAGCUUGAAUGAUGAUGACAGUGGUGCAGCUGAGACUGGGCUGACAGAAAAGAAAAAGACUCCUUAUUCCCAUCCCAAGCACCCAAAUGUGAUUCUGUGGGACCUACCUGGGAUCGGAACAACGAAUUGCCCAACAGAAACAUACCUGAGGGACAUGAACUUUGAUCAGUAUGAUUUCUUCAUCAUUGUCGCAGCCGGGCGCUUCACAGAAGCUGACACCAACCUUGCCAAAGAAAUCAGCAGGAUGGGGAAGAAGUUUUACUUUGUUCGCUCCAAGGUGGAUGUGGACUUGGCUAAUGAACAAAGGAAAAGAGAUUUCAAAGAGGAGAAAACUCUAGAGGCAAUCAAAAGUGACUGCAUGGAGCAGCUACAAAGAGCAGGGAUCAUCUCCCCACAGGUUUUCCUGGUGUCGAGAUGGGACUUUGACAAGUACGAUUUUCCCCGACUGCAGGAGGUUUUGGCGAAUGAACUCGACGCUCACAGGAGACAUGUUCUCAUCUGUGCCCUGCCCAACACCUCUGAAGAAAUCUUGAAACAGAAACAGAAAGUCCUGCAGGAACAAAUCUGGAAACAAGCCUUGAAGUCGUGCGCUCUCGCUGCUGUUCCUCUCCCAUUUCUCUCGGUUAAGUGCGAUGUCAACAUCUUGGUGGAGAACAUGAGGCAGUACUGCCAGUGCUUUGGCCUGGAUGAAGACUCACUCAAAUCACUCGCUAAGCAAGUUGGGAAGUCUGUUGCUGAGCUGAAGUCUGUGAUAAAGUCUGCGCUGGCCAAAGAUAUAACAAGAGAUGAGGCUUUGAAGCAACUUAGUGAGGCCACUGGGGAUAUGAUGAAAACUAAAUAUUUUAUCAGUGUGGUACCACUGAUUGGCACUGGGAUAGCGGCAAAGAGAUCUUACAGUGUCACCUAUGAAAUGCUACGUAGGUUUUUGGGAGAAGUUGCAGAAGAUGCUCAACGAGUCCUGAAAAAGGCUUUGGAGGGAGCAGGGAAUAACCAAUAA